AUGUUGAGUACAUCAUAAACAAGAAGUACCACUGAAACAAUUAGUCGUGUGGUUGUUGACUAGAAAUACGUGAUAUUGAAGAAUAUUUACAAAGGAAAAUAGAAUAAUCUCUACUUAGGUAAUAAAUGAUGAAGUUAGAGGUUAGUUAGCUAUUAAACAAGAAGAGUCAGAUGAUAUUGAUGCAUUCGACAAUUAGGAGAAAUAUUAUCUGAUUAAAAUGAAAAGGUAAAUUUCACUCCAAUAUUCUAGAUAAACCUAAUAGAACGAGGCAAUACCAGAACUUUAAUUUCUUAUCAGAUUGAAAGAAUGUAACGAAAUCGUAGUAAUUUAGUUAAUUGUGUUCCUGUUCUUGUGAAUCAUGGGGAGUAAGUGAUCAAGGGGUUCAAUUACCAUUACUAAAUCAUGGAACGACACGGUCCUUCCAUUAAACUUAUAUACAAUUAUUUAUCUAGAAAUAUACCAUUGCCCAUUAUAUGUUUGAUUGCCAUUUAAACAGUAUUUACUCAUAUGUAUUCUUAGCUCACUUGUCUUGAGAUUGUCCAUAAACAUCAGAUUGUUCAUAGAAACCUAAGGCCCAAGAAAAUGUUGCUUUCAACAAAUGGAAAUUAAAUUUUAUUAGGUGAUUUCAAAUAUGCUUGCAAAUUUAAAAAAUUACAUGGAACAUUAUUGGUAAACGAAGGCUACAAAUUAAAUUCAAACAAAAUAUUUCUAAACAAAUAUUCAAGUGUAAACCAACAUCUCAAUUAAAGUAAUUAAUUAAUUCAUUUUAAUAAAAUAGUUCCAACUCCAAAAGAUGACCUUGAAUCCUUAGCCUACAUAUUACUUACCUAUGCUUCCAAUUCCGAUAUAUUCAAAAUUAAAGCAGAAAAUAAGACACUUAAACUUAAAAAAUUGGAGAACAUUAAAUUAUCAGUUAUUCCUGAAAUUACUUUUAAAUAAGCUCCUCUUGAAUUCAUUCACUUCUUGCAUCUUGUGAGAACCAGCAAUGCAAACGAUUACCCAUAAGAUUACGAGAAAUUUAAGCAGCUAUUCAGAAAAAUCAUCUUGGCCAAUGGAUGCACUGAAAAGGAACUCUCAUACCCCUUGCUUCAUAUGAAUAUGCAAGAUAAAAGCCAAUUGACACAAUUCCACAGUUAAACUAACAAAUUAAAAAAAAUAUAACAUCAAAAAAGGAGUUCAGAAUCCAUCAAGGAAGAAGACGCGGAUGAUGAGAUCUCUGUCUAUUAAAUCGAAAAGACUGGGGAGGACAGAACCAUAGAACCCUUAAUUAGACAAUUGGAAGCAAAGAAAUUUAAACACAUUUCUUAAUUAAACUAACCUUAAGUUGGAUCAUAAAUUGUAAAACUUAAAUUUACUAAAAAAUGA